GUGGCUUUAAACUCGAUCAUAAAGCCCACCGCACAGCUUUGCUCUUUCCCACUCACACCCGGAGUCGCAAGACAGACAGAGGCAGCUCACAGACGAGAACCAGGACAACUCAGGGAAAAAUGGUGAAAGUUGGUAUCAACGGAUUUGGCCGCAUCGGUCGUCUGGUGACCCGUGCUGCCUUUACCUCCAAGAAGGUGGAGAUUGUGGCCAUCAACGACCCGUUCAUCGACCUGGAAUACAUGGUCUACAUGUUUAAGUAUGACUCCACUCACGGCCGCUUCAAGGGGGAGGUCAAACUGGAGGGUGACAAGCUGGUCAUCGAUGGACAUAAAAUCACCAUUUUCCACGAGAGAGACCCCGCCAACAUCAAAUGGGGGGAUGCUGGUGCCCAAUACGUGGUUGAGUCCACUGGUGUGUUCACCACCAUUGAAAAAGCCUCUACUCACUUGAAGGGCGGCGCCAAGAGAGUCAUCAUCUCUGCACCCAGCGCUGAUGCUCCCAUGUUCGUCAUGGGUGUCAACCACGAAAAGUACGACAAGUCCCUCAAGGUCGUCAGCAACGCUUCCUGCACAACAAACUGCCUGGCUCCCCUGGCCAAGGUCAUCAAUGACAACUUUGGCAUUAUUGAGGGCCUGAUGAGCACAGUUCAUGCCACCACCGCCACGCAGAAGACUGUGGACGGCCCCUCCGGCAAGCUGUGGAGAGACGGCCGUGGUGCCAGUCAGAACAUCAUCCCGGCCUCAACGGGUGCGGCCAAGGCUGUCGGCAAGGUCAUCCCCGAGCUAAAUGGCAAGCUGACCGGCAUGGCCUUCCGCGUCCCCACGCCCAACGUGUCCGUGGUUGACCUGACAGUCCGCCUAGAGAAACCUGCCAAAUACGACGACAUCAAGAAGGUUCUCAAGGCGGCAUCUGAAGGACCCAUGAAGGGCAUUCUGGGAUACACGGAACACCAGGUCGUCUCCACAGACUUCAACGGCGACAGCCACUCCUCCAUCUUUGACGCUGGCGCUGGCAUCGCCCUCAACGACCACUUUGUCAAGCUUGUUUCAUGGUACGACAACGAGUUUGCGUACAGCAACCGUGUCUGCGACCUGAUGGCCCACAUGGCGUCCAAGGAGUAAAGGAACCAGCGGACCACUCGUCACUGCGCUGUGCCACAUCACCCACGUUCUGAUACCAGAGAUGCACAAACACAAUUAGUUGUCCUUGACUUUGGCUGGUUGCUGAAAAUAUUUGACCCACAUUCGCAAAAAGGUUCCCCAGAGAGCGAACUAAAAACAUCUAAACUGGUGACAAUUACUCUUUUUGUAUUUGGGAAGUUCCCUGUUGUGUUCUUGUGUGAGAUGGCGUGAAGGUGUGAAUAUUUGUCUGUCCUGCUGAAGAACUGCAGUCAGAAGUGAAAUAAAUUCCUGUUUGAGAAUCA